AUAUUAUUUGGUACAUCCCAUUUGCUGACCUGUACACACAAGAUGGCAGCUUCGUUGGAAGAAGAAUUUGAAGAUGCGCCCGAUGUGGAGCCUUUAGAACCAACAUUGAAAAACAUUAUAGAACAGAAAUCUCUGAAAUGGAUAUUUGUUGGAGGCAAAGGUGGCGUUGGCAAAACAACAUGCAGCUGCAGUCUGGCUGUACAGCUGGCUGCGGUGCGUGACAGCGUGCUCAUCAUCUCCACUGACCCGGCACACAACAUCUCAGAUGCCUUUGACCAGAAGUUCUCAAAGGUGCCCACAAAAGUCAAGGGCUACGAGAACCUCUUCGCUAUGGAGAUUGAUCCCAGCCUGGGCGUGGCGGAGCUCCCAGAUGAGUUCUUUGAAGAGGACAACAUGCUGAGUAUGGGCAAGAAGAUGAUGCAGGAGGCCAUGAGUGCCUUCCCCGGCAUUGAUGAGGCCAUGAGCUACGCAGAGGUCAUGAGGUUAGUGAAAGGCAUGAACUUCUCUGUGGUGGUGUUCGACACUGCCCCCACUGGCCACACGCUACGUCUGCUCAACUUCCCCACCAUAGUGGAGAGAGGCCUGGGACGACUCAUGCAGAUCAAGAACCAGAUCAGCCCCUUCAUCUCACAGAUGUGUAACAUGCUGGGUCUGGGAGACAUGAACGCGGACCAGCUGGCCUCUAAGCUGGAGGAGACCCUACCAGUCAUCCGCUCUGUCAGUGAGCAGUUCAAAGACCCUGAACAAACAACGUUUAUCUGUGUGUGCAUCGCCGAGUUCCUGUCCUUGUACGAGACGGAGCGGCUGAUCCAGGAGCUGGCCAAGUGUCGCAUCGACACGCACAACAUUAUCGUCAACCAGCUGGUGUUCCCCGACUCAGACCGGCCAUGCAAGAUGUGCGAGGCCCGCCACAAGAUCCAGUCCAAGUACCUGGACCAGAUGGAGGAUCUAUAUGAAGAUUUCCACAUAAUCAAGUUGCCGCUGCUGCCCCACGAGGUACGGGGGGCCGAAAAAGUCAACACCUUCUCAAUGCAACUCCUGGAGCCCUACAUCCCCCCUAACAAGUGAUUGACCUCUGAGUCGCAGUCUGAACUCACCAUCUCCGUCCCCCUUGACCCCAGCCUCACUCCUGCAUUACAGCAACCCAGCAAGAACAUCCCCAUCCUAUUCAUCUUCAGGAACCUAAACCACUACAGCAAGAACCCCACACACACACACACACACACACACACACACACACACACACACACACACACACACACACACACACACACACACACACACACACACAGGGGGCGGACAACAAAGACGCACAACCACCUGCUCCAGUUGUAGGCCUACAGUCUAAAAGAGAAAGGAGGAUCCACGUGAUUUUUCUCUCUCUUCUCUCACUUUUCUCUAUCAUUCUAUCUAUACCAUUCUCUCCAUCAUAUCUCACCAGGGAAAAGAUGAACUAUUCCUAAAGCAUUUAACUUUUCCCAGAGGAACACUCAAGGCCCCCCUUCCCUUUCUCCUCUCCUUCUGCCUCUCUCCAUCCUCUUUUUCCUUCCAUAUUCCAGCCUCAGUAAUGUAUAAGUGAAACUAUCCUUAAUGGCUGAGUUUGGUGUCUGGUGCCGCUGCUGUGUUUUUCAGUAUAAAACAGCUUUGAGACGAUCGACUGCAUCUUUGGAUUUUACCAUGUGAUUUAAUUAGACUGUAUGUAUCUGUUUGGUUUGCAUCUGAAAUGGCACCCCGAUUCCCUGUAUAGUGCAUUAUUGCCACACAUUUUGACCAGGGCCCUGGUCAAAAGUAGUGCACUAUGUAUAGAGAAUAGGGAAGCCAUUUAGAAUGCACAUUCUGACUUCUUAAUGCCCUCCAUUGUGGGAAUGGAGAAUAAUAUGAGUGGUGGGAAAGUUUUGUCUGUUUUGGAUGAAGGUGGGUGUGUGACGCAGGGUGAGGCCUUACUACCCCAGGGUGAAUGGUCACUAUGAAGAGGGAUAUAGGCCUAGAGGGAAGGGUAAGGGUUUUCAAAUCAUGUUAUAUUUCUGUCCCACCAAUCCCAUCAGUCCACUGAUCAGCCUUAGAAGGGCCAUUUGAAUACUUGAGUAAUAAUAGCAUGGACAUACUUAACUACAUUAUUUGACCAAAAUGUUGUUCUCACUCACCACGUGUUUAUGGUGUAAAUAGCAUGUCCCCACCUACAUUUAGUUCAGUUCUUGGAUGAAGAAAUUAUAUUUAUUGAUCACUGAGCAGUGUCAUUCAUCUAUAAUCUACAGUAUCAGAUGGCUACUUGUAAUUAUUUUAUGCCAAUUUCAUUGUUUUCCCUACUCUGAUUAUAAUAGGAGGCCACUGAAGCAGUCUUUGUAUAAAGCUUUCAAAGUGCUACUUUUCCCUCUAGCCUGGUUGAACCAGACUGAAUGCUUCACUCACCAUUGACUACCAUUGAGUGCCGUGUUCAGUCUGGGGGGGGGCUUAGCCUGGUUAAACAAUCUCUUUCUUUCUCCCUGGCUGUGUAGGAAAUGGCAGCCCUGGUCAAAAGUAGUGCAUUAUAUAGGGAAUGGGGUGCCAUUUCAGACACACCCUGUCUGUUGUGUAGAGGGCUCUCUAUUCGGGUACACAGCAUGAUGCUACUUGGCUUAAUGAAUGCCUUAUUAGUGCAUUAUAAUAUACAAUUGAUUACUGAAUGUUGAUUGGUCCCCUGUUGAAAGAAAGGUUGGUUCAUUAUUUAGCUCCUAUGUAGACAUCAUUCAGUGUGGGAUUUUUGUGUUGCCUGCAUUUUUGCAUUAGUGCACAAUUAGCACAGCUUCUUUCUCAUCCACAGGCAAAAUGUCCCAAUAGCUGUCAAUUUGACUUGUCAUCAAGAUAUUAACACACCAAAAGUGGUCAUUAUACUACCAACUAUAGCCCCAUAAUCUCUGCAGCAGCAACACAAGUCUUGGAAGGGUCCGUUUGAUUUGAUUUUGUCCAUGCAAUGUUAUUAAUGCUUCAAGUUAUGCAUAUUUCCCCCCCCCCCAGGCAAUAAUGUUAAACUUACAAAAUAAAACACAAACAUGCCUAAUUCGCAGGGAUA